AGCCCGAUUAAAUGGUUUAAAAGAAAACUCUUGCCGGUUCCAGCCGCUCCAGUCAAAAAAACACUCUUUCCCGCGAGUAUUAGUUCCUGGGCUAAUUUUUGUUGGUCAUUUAGCUCCUUAAAUGGGGAUUUAAUCCGGUUUUCACUCCGUUCUUUCUGGUUUGGACCAGGAAACGAGCAAUUGUCGCCGUUGCCUAGUUUCGUGUUUUCUUCUUCUGACAAGUUUACUAGCGGCGAAUUAUCGCUCUCUAAGCUAAAAUUACUAGUAAAUUCUUCUCCAGAUUCGUAUACAGAAAAUCGUUCGCAAAAUUUUAGCCAAAAAUUGCGAAAAAAAUGCUCUCAUGGGGAAAAUAAUCUGGCCGAAGAUAAUGUCUAUCCUCUAAAAGAAAAUGUUAAAUACGAAGAUGAGAAUGGAGAAUUAUUGAGAACUCAACAGGUUUUUGAAAAUGUAGGCUUGCAAAUUACUGAUGCUAGUUAUGCUGAAUGGUUAAGAGAUGUUAAGAAAAUCUAUGAACGAUGGGAUUUGAAUUAUGGUGGGAACAAAAAAAUGCAAAAGGAACUACGAGAAGAAUAUGAAUUAUACUUACGAGAAAUA